UACUGAUGCCUGAUUCCUCUUCUGCCUCCUCAGCCGCUACCAUAAAAAUAUUAAUAGAUAAAUGCCACUUUGUUUGGAAUGCCCAGUGCAGCUAUAUGAUUUGAGUGAUCAUGCUCUAUGUGAUUUCUGGGAUUUUCCUGUGAAGAUACUACAUUUUAAAAAGGAGCUUUUAAAAGAAAGUAGUAAUUUUUUAAUACUUAUCUAAUUAAAGCAUAUUAAAUUUGGUGAUUGCAAUUUGAGAAAUUAGUGUGCUUUCUUAUUGAAAAACACCCGUAUUAAAAAUGCACAGAAAGCACUCUAUCUUCCUCCCAAGAUCUGGGGUCAAAAGAGAGAUUUUAAAACAUAUCAUAAUAAUGGCUUCUACUUAUUGAAUAAAGAGGAGUCAUUUACUUUUCUCACAGCACCCCUGUCAGGGAGAGUUUGUAUGUUGGGAAACAGGCUCAUGAGUUUUCUACAAACAUCUUCUCUAAGGCUUCAAACUCAGUAGUUGGCUGUACCAUUCAUCCAGCAUCUUUUAAAGUUAUAAACCUGUUAAUCUUCCUUUGACAUCUAUCUUGUUUUCCCUCAUUCCCUCACCUCCAGUUCUGCACUAUCGGUUUGUUCUGCUGCCUAAAUUUCUUGAGAAUCCAUUUACUUUUUCUUUACUUCUUUUGCCAGUCCAAGUGAGCUGGUUCAUCAUCUCUUGUUUGCAGUAGCCUUUAGUCUCCCAUAGAUUAUCAAUUCUUGUCACCCUCCCAAUUCAUUCUGUACUCAUCAGCUACCCUGAACUCUUUAAAUGUUUGUUCUGACUAUGCCAUUCCUUGCUCAAAACUCUAGUGCCUACCCAAUGCCCUUACAAUAAAAUCCCUCAUAUGGCCUUUGUGGAUCUGCACCACUACUCUCUCUUACCUCUUAACCUAUUGCAACCAACCCCUUUCCCUGUUUUUCUUUUCCAGCCACACUGGUCUACUUCCUGUGCUCCAAAUGGGCAACCUUCUUCCAUCCUCAGGGCCUUUGCACAAGUUCUUCCUUUGCCUUAGAAUUUUCUGCUGGCCUGCACACUUCCUUGUCUCCUUUCCCCAAGCUAAUGCCUUAUCCUUUAGGUCUCAUUUUAAACAUCUUUUACCCAAGAAAAACUUCCCUGUGCAAACCAGUCUAAAUUGAAUCCCCCUGUUACUUGUUCUUACUAUUCUAUAUUUCUCCUUAGCAUUUACCACAAUUCUAAUGACAUAGUUACGUUGUACUUUUCAUUUGCUUUUAUUUUUCUCUAUUAUUAGAACAGGUGAUACAUAAUACAAACUCAAAUUGUACAAAACUUAUAGAGUAAAAGUUGUUUUCUCUUCCCUGUCCCCCUGCUACCCAGUUCUCCUUAAAAGUAACCACUUUUAGUAUUUUGAAUAUCCUUCCGGAAAUAUUUUCUGAGCAUACAAGCAAUCAUGUACAUAAUAUUCCUCUUUAUAUUUGCCUUCUCUUUUAUUAACAAACACUAUAUGCAUUUUUCUGCACUUCAUUUUUAUCUCUAAUAACGUAUCUUAGCAAUUCUUCUAUAUUAAUAUGUAAAUAGUUGCCUGUUUUUCAUGUACCAUAUAGAAUGGACUUACCAUAAUUUAAUUUCUGUUGUUUGGCAUUUAGGUUGUUUUCAGGCUUUGGUUAUUACAAACAAUGCUGCAUUGAAUACUCGUGUAUAUAAAGUCAUUUCCCAUAGCUAUACCUAUAGAAUAAAUUUCUAGAAUUGAAAUAAUUCAGUUAAAGGUUAUGUGCAUAUUAAAUUUUGGUAGUUAUUGCCAAACAUGUCUCAAUGGAGGUUUUACCAAUUCACAUUUCUCACAACCAUGUCGGUGAAAAUUUUUGUUCUUUGCCAAUGUAAGAGAUGGAAAGCAUCUCUUGGAAACUUAAAUUUGCAUGUUUUUUCUUCCUUGCAACGUUAUAUUUUCGUAUGUUUAAGAGCCAUUUGUAUUUGGUAAACUGUUUCUUCAUAAACUUUGCUUACUUAUUGUUUAAUGUCUGACUAACUUGCUACACGUUCAGAGGUUGAUCCUGGGGGUGCAGGGAUCUCGUAUGUUUCGUCCAUCACAUAGUUCUAGGCACUAGAACGAGCCUCAAAGACAUGACCGGCUAAGAUCAGGCCGUGGUCAAGCCCACACGUUUUUCCAGUAGAAAGACUAAGCAUUUAAUUCAUCGCGCCUGGGCACACAUAGGUAAUGAAAACCGCCUGAAGUACGUUGGGAAGUGAGGACUGUGGCAAAAAGACGAUGAAAUGUUUAUCUAACAGUCGCAGCCACUAUUCAGCUCUAAUUUGCUUCCCUCUAGGCCCACUGUUAGCUCUUUAUUCCGAGGCCAGCUUUCUUGUGAAACCUCCUAAUUUUUAAAUAUUUCCAAUCAAAAGAGUGUGGCUCAAAUGCAGGGCUCCAGCAGCGGGUCUGCACACUCUGGUGUAAACAAGACUGGGCGGCGGAUGAGGCGAGCACCUUCGUGGGAUGGUGACAGCCAAGAACCGGGGCGGGGGUGGACGUGAGGCGAGACAGAUUCUCCGCCCCAGGGUUUGGCCUCGGGGCCGAGACUCCCUGAAGGAGGAUUGAAUUAAACGCAGCUCGGCGCCAGAGCGGGGUAGCGCAAGGUGGCUGGAGGGCGACACAGCCCUCCCAAUGGGACGGGCCAACCAGCCAGAGCGCCCGGAGGUUUCCGGCGGCGCACCACCACGGCGCGGGCCGGCAGCAGGUUUCCGGGAUAGAGGACACGGCAGGCUGCGCGUCCCCUCACCGACUCUCCGGGCCGAGCCGUCGACGGGCGGACGCCAGCGCUCCCUACCUCCCGAAGCCGCUCGGCCCCGCUCGGCUAUCUACUUCCUUCCCUGAUUAGGCUCCUCCCCGCUCCCCGCGGUCCUGCGACUUCCGUUUGCCUCGUCGUCCGGGAAACCGCUGACCGCGGGCGGCGCCGCGGUGGGGGGAGCAAGCAUGGCUGAGGAGAGACUCGCGACGGGAACUCCAUUUCCUGCAUCUGCUGAACUUCAAAAGCCCCGGCUGAAAAAAGCUCCAGAUUUUCCUAUUUUGGAGAAGCAGAACUGGUUGAUACAUCUCCACUAUAUCCGGAAGGAUUACGUAGCAUGCAAGGCUGUUAUCAAAGAACAGCUUCAGGAGACUCAGGGGUUAUGUGAAUAUGCUAUCUAUGUCCAAGCACUGAUAUUUCGCCUGGAAGGAAAUAUCCAAGAAUCUCUAGAACUCUUUCAGACAUGUGCAGUUCUCAGUCCUCAGUGUGCUGAUAACCUCAAGCAGGUGGCCAGAUCGUUAUUUCUUUUAGGAAAACAUAAAGCUGCCACUGAAGUAUAUAAUGAAGCAGCUAAACUUAACCAGAAAGAUUGGGAGAUCUGCCAUAACCUAGGAGUUUGCUAUAUUUACCUGAAGCAGUUCAACAAGGCACAAGACCAGUUGCACAAUGCCCUACAUCUUAAUAGGCAUGAUCUGACUUACAUAAUGCUGGGUAAGAUCCACUUGCUGGAGGGAGACUUGGACAAAGCCAUCGAAAUCUACAAGAAAGCAGUGGAGUUCUCACCAGAAAAUACAGAGCUUCUUACAACUUUAGGAUUACUCUACUUACAGCUCGGCAUUUACCAGAAGGCAUUUGAACAUCUUGGAAAUGCACUGACUUAUGACCCUACCAACUACAAGGCCAUCUUGGCAGCAGGCAGCAUGAUGCAGACCCACGGGGACUUUGAUGUUGCCCUCACCAAAUACAGAGUUGUAGCUUGUGCUGUUCCAGAAAGUCCUCCUCUCUGGAAUAACAUUGGAAUGUGUUUCUUUGGCAAGAAGAAAUAUGUGGCAGCUAUCAGCUGCCUGAAACGAGCCAACUACUUGGCACCCUUUGACUGGAAGAUUCUGUAUAAUUUAGGCCUUGUCCAUUUGACCAUGCAGCAGUAUGCAUCAGCUUUUCAUUUUCUCAGUGCGGCCAUCAACUUCCAGCCAAAGAUGGGAGAGCUCUACAUGCUAUUGGCUGUGGCUCUGACAAAUCUGGAAGAUACAGAGAAUGCCAAGAGAGCCUACGCAGAAGCAGCCCGCCUGGAUAAGUGUAACCCUUUAGUAAACCUGAACUACGCUGUGCUGCUGUACAACCAGGGUGAGAAGAGGGGUGCCCUGGCCCAGUAUCAGGAGAUGGAGAAGAAAGUCAGUCUACUUAAGGACAAUAGCUCUCUGGAAUUUGACUCUGAGAUGGUGGAGAUGGCUCAGAAGUUGGGAGCUGCACUUCAGGUUGGGGAGGCACUUGUCUGGACUAAACCAGUUAAAGAUCCCAAAUCAAAGCACCGGACCAUUUCAACCAGCAAACCUGCCAGUUUCCAGCAGCCUCUGGGCUCUAAUCAAGCUUUAGGACAGGCGAUGUCUUCAGCAGCUGCAUACAGGAAGCUCCCCUCAGGUGUUGAAAGAACAUCCCAGCUCACAAAGCCACCAUCUCUUCCUCUGGAGCCAGAGCCUACUGUGGAAGCAAGUUCAACUGAAACAUCAGAACAAAUAAGAGAAAAAUAAGAGUAGGAUGAUCCUAGAGUAGGGAUUUCUUGGGUGAAGAUAUGCCAGAUUGGGAAAGGUCACAUGAUACAGGCAGAGUAGAGGCCAGUACUGUUCCCUGGCAGGUGCCACAGAAUUAAAACACAGAACGCAGGGUUGAUUGUGAUGAUCACGAGGAACCUAAGGUCCUUCCUACCUACCUGGUAAUAGCAUUUGAGGUAGGAAGCCCUCUGUUGGCCCCAAAAGCCAGGAAAUAGAGAGAAGUCACUAUAGACCAUUCCUAUUCCUUUAGGAAUUGGGAGCAAGGCUUGAGGCUGUAUAUAUGUAGCUUCCAGUUAGCAAGGCAUAUGAUGCUGUUUACUUCUGAAAAGAGACUUUUAUCUCCUGGUUGACUGACCCUUUCCUUUGUGCAAGAAAAGGCUGAGAAAGAUCUCUGCUCAUUAAUCCUGUAAUGACAAAGCCUUGGCUUGACUGGGCUAUAUUAGUCCUCAAGGCAAACACAAAUCUUAAAAAAAAAAAAAGCUAAAUCGAGGCCCAGACUGGUGUAUAUCCCAGCUGCAUUUUCCCAAAGGGAGUCCAGAACAAGUCCCUAUAUUUUGUUUUGAGAGAGGUCAGUCUAGAAGCCAGAUGAUGGCAGUAUGAUAAGAAGCAGGAGCUGGUCUAGCAUCAGCACCAAAGAUCUAAAAUUUUAAAAAAUUAAAAAAAAAAGAAGAGCUUCUUAGCUGAGUAAUUUUUAUUUAAGACAAUGAAUGAUAAUCACUGACCAGAUGCUAUCAAUACAUUAUCUAUAUGUCCUUUUAAGAAUAAAGAUUACAUAUCAUCAUUCCUUUGGGGAGAGUUGUUACUCAGGUAUAAAAAUAAGAGAUUACAAUAAAACCUUUUAAAAAUAACCUAUGCUCACAGUCUUCCUGUACCUGUUUCUAAGCCUCCUUUGAAACUAGAGGAAGAUUCUCAAGCCAAGUUCCUACUUGGCACCCACAUGGCCACUGGAGCAGCCCUGAUGGAUGACAGGCCAGCAAUUUGUUUACUGAGGGCCAGUCCCCAUUUUGCACUUAAAGUGCCUUUCAAUCAUAAUAAUUUGAAGGUGGAAAACUGACCUACUGCCCAACCAAAUUGUGGAGUAAGCAGCUGAGCAGGAGCUCUUCAGUUCUCAUAUCUAAGAAGUGAUACUCUCACCUGUACAGCUGGAAUGCGGCAGAACUGGGAUUUGUACCCUGAGCAGUUGAGAAAACUCACUUCUACAUCAGCAUAAUCUCAUGUACUAGACUGAACUGGCCUAGUUACUGAAAUUGAAAAGGUUACUGAAGAGAUCUCAGUGAGAAAUAAUGAAGGUAUAAACUAAGACAGAUGGAGAAUAGGAGGAGGGAGAUGUGAGUACUUUAAGAGCUAAAAUCAACAGAAAUUUGGGACUGGUUGGAUGUGGCAGAUAAGAAUAGACUGUGGGAUGGAUGCCCAUUUCUGGGCUUAGAUAACCAGGGCAAGUAUAUAAAUCAGAGUAAAGAAAUAUUGGACUAGGCUCGAGGGUUGGUUGUGGAGUCUAGUUUUAGACAUUAGACACCUGAAUAGCUGGAUUUCAAGAGGGAAAUGUGGUUUGAAGAUAAAGAUUCAGGAGUAAUUUAGAUUUGGCUUAUAGCUGAAAUCAUAGAUUUGAAGGGAGUCACCCAAGGAAAGGUAGGAAUAAUAAGGUAGGGAAUCAAUGAAAGAAAAUAAACAUUUAAA